AGGCGGCGGCUAGGCCGAUCGUGCUGCAGGCCGGCCGCAGGCCCAGCGCGCCACCAUGGAGCGACAGCCGAGGCAGCCGCUGGGACCGCUGCAGCAGCAGAGGCAUCCGAGGAGGAACGGGGGCUGAAGCCGCGGCCUCCGGGUAGUGGACCCGUGAACACCCGCCGUCCCCGAGCCCCGACUCCUCCUCCCUGCCUUCCCGGGCGCAGGCGGUGACCCUGCCGGACGAUGCGCGCCCCCGGCCGCCCCCGAGGCUGAGCCCGCCGCCCCGCGCUCGGCCCUCGCCCUCGCCGUCGCCCCCCAUGGCCUUGCCGGGCGCCGAGGUCGCGGCUGACAGGCCGGGGUCGCCGGCGCCGGGCGCCCCCGCCGGCUCCGCGUCGUCGUCGUCCGCCUCCUCAGGCGGCUCGGCCUCGGCGGGAGCGGGGCUGUGGGCCGCGCUGUACGACUACGAGGCGCGCGGCGAGGACGAGCUGAGCCUGCGACGCGGCCAGCUGGUGGAGGUGCUGUCCCAGGACGCCGCCGUGUCGGGCGACGAGGGCUGGUGGGCCGGCCAGGUGCAGCGGCGCCUCGGCAUCUUCCCCGCCAACUACGUGGCACCGUGCAGCCCGGCCGCCCGCCCCGCGCCGCCGCCCGCCCGGCCGCCGCCGCCGCGGCCCGGCUCGCCGGUGCACGUCGACUUCGAGAGGCUGGAGCUCCAGGAGCUCAUCGGCGCCGGCGGCUUCGGGCAGGUGUACCGCGCCACCUGGCAGGGCCAGGAGGUGGCGGUGAAGGCGGCGCGCCGGGACCCGGACCAGGACGCGGCGGCGGCGGCCGAGAGCGUGCGGCGCGAGGCCCGGCUCUUCGCCAUGCUGCGGCACCCCAAUAUCAUCGAGCUGCGCGGCGUGUGCCUGCGGCAGCCGCACCUCUGCCUGGUGCUCGAGUUCGCCCGCGGCGGCGCGCUCAACCGCGCGCUGGCCGCCGCCAACGCCGCCCCGGACCCCCGCGCGCCCGGGCCGCGCCGCGCGCGCCGCAUCCCCCCGCACGUGCUGGUCAACUGGGCGGUGCAGAUCGCGCGGGGCAUGCUCUACCUGCACGAGGAGGCCGUCGUGCCCAUCCUGCACCGGGACCUCAAGUCCAGCAACAUAUUGCUACUGGAGAAGAUAGAGCAUGAUGACGUCUGCAAUAAGACGUUGAAGAUUACAGACUUUGGGUUAGCGAGAGAGUGGCACAGGACCACCAGGAUGAGCGCAGCAGGCACCUAUGCCUGGAUGGCCCCGGAAGUCAUCAAGUCCUCUUUGUUCUCCAAGGGAAGCGACAUCUGGAGCUACGGAGUGGUGCUAUGGGAACUGCUCACGGGAGAGGUCCCCUAUCGUGGCAUUGACGGUCUUGCUGUGGCCUAUGGGGUGGCAGUCAAUAAGCUCACUUUGCCCAUUCCUUCCACCUGCCCUGAGCCGUUUGCCAAGCUCAUGAAAGAAUGCUGGCAACAGGACCCUCAUAUUCGUCCAUCAUUUGCCUUAAUUCUUGAACAAUUGACUGCAAUUGAAAAGGCAGUUAUGACUGAGAUGCCUCAAGAAUCUUUUCAUUCCAUGCAAGAUGACUGGAAGCUGGAAAUUCAACAAAUGUUUGAUGAGUUGAGAACAAAGGAAAAGGAGCUGCGGUCCCGGGAGGAGGAGCUGACGCGGGCCGCCCUGCAGCAGAAGUCGCAGGAGGAACUGCUCAGGCGGCGCGAACAGCAGCUGGCGGCGCGGGAGAUCGACGUGCUGGAGCGCGAGCUCAACAUCCUCAUCUUCCAGCUGAGCCAGGAGCGGCCCAACGUCAAGAAGAGGAAGGGCAAGUUUAAGAGGAGCCGCCUGAAGCUCAAAGACGGGCGUCGGAUCAGCUUACCUUCAGAUUUCCAGCACAAAAUAACCGUGCAGGCCUCCCCCAACUUGGACAAACGGAGGAGCCUGAAUAGCAGCAGCUUCAGUACGCCGAGCAGCCCCACGGUGAUCCCCCGGCUCCGGGCAAUACAGCUGACCUCAGAUGAAAGCAAUAAAACUUGGGGCAGGAACACGGUCUGUCGACAAGAAGAAUUUGAAGAUGUAAAAAGGAGUUUCAAGAAAAAGGGUUGUACCUGGGGUCCAAAUUCCAUUCAAAUGAAAGAAAGAACUGACUGCAAAGAAAGAAUAAGACCUCUCUCAGAUGGCAACAGUCCUUGGUCAACCAUCUUAAUAAAAAAUCAGAAAACCAUGCCGUUGGCUUCAUUGUUUGUGGACCAGUCAGGUGCGUGUGAAGAGCCACAACUUGCCCCAGACGGAUUGGAACACAGAAAGCCAAAGCAGAUAAAAUCACCGAGUCAAGCCUACAUUGAUCUACCUCUUUGGAAAGAUGGCCAGAGAGAGAAUCUGGUGGAACCUGAAAGCUGGGAGGAGAGAACCCCGGUGAGCCCUGCCACCAGCAUUCCUCAGGGGACCCCUCCGAACAGUCUGAGCAGAUCCCCCCAGAGGAAGAAGACGGAGUCUGCUCUGUACAGCUGCACCGCGCUGCUGGCGUCGGUGGCUCUGGGCCUGGACAUCAGAGAGCUCGCGAAAGCACAGGCUGCUGAAGACCCGUUGCCCAAGGAAGAAAGGAAGAAACGCGAGGGCAUCUUCCAGCGGGUGCCUAAGUCCCGAAGCAGUGCCAACUCCGCCACUAGGCUGCCAGCCGCGGGCGAGGGGGCCAGCAGCCCAUCCCCGCUCCCUCCGUCCAGCGCCGCGAACCUCCUGUCCAUGCCUUCUCUCUCCACCAAGUGCCUGCUGCAGACUGACGGCGAAGAUUCCUUCGAGAGCAGCACACACGUCCCUUGUGACCCCAAGGUGCCCAUUCCAGAUCCUUGCCCUGCCUUUGGAAGGAGGGGUCAGGAGCCAACCCCUGUGCCAGGACUGGAGACCCAUCAUGGUGUGUGGGGAAACCUGUCUCCUUCCUUCACAGUUCCAGCACGUGCGGGCGCAUCUUACGCUGCUUCUUCAAAAGAAAGAGCAGCACAUCACCGACGGACCGUAUCUGAUGGAAGUGCUUCUCAGCCCCCAGCUGGUGCAGCUCUCAUCUCAGCCCCCGGAGCCUCUGAGCUGCCCCCUGAGUGGGUUUGGGGGACGCCCCCCUCGCCGUCUGGACCUCAUAGUGACCUGCCAAGUGAGGUCCCGCCCGAAAAACAGAGAGCUGUCCAUGUGGUGCCUCUGCCUCGCCCUCCCCACCUCAGAAGCCAGGUAGGUGCCCCGAAGGCCUUCCCGCAGAGAACAGAGUCUCAGCCCGCACAGGCCUGCCCUGUGGUGGGCGGUCCAGGACCAGCCCCUGACUGUCCCCUCGGUGCCCAGGAGAGAACUAAGCCCCACGUGCCUUCCUUACUGGAUGCCGACGUGGAAGGCCAGAGCAGGGACUGCACGGUGCCUCUGUGCAGGAUGAGGAGAACAAGCCGACCAUCUCUGUACGAACUGGAGAAAGAAUUUCUGUCUUAAGUGCCUUAUACUGUUCAAGCAUUUCUUUUUUUUUUUUUUCUUUUAAGGUGAACAAAUGAAAACAAUGUGUCUACCUUUGAAUUGUUUUAUGCUGCUGUGUUUUCAAAGCUGUGGCCAUGUUACUAAAAUAGUAAUGGAUGUCUAACUUCUCCAAAAAUAUAUGUGAUUGCUGUUGGCUGACUGUAUUGUUAUUCCACUGGAUUCUUACCUAGCAACUUGAAAUACUACACACGUGUAAAACAAAUGUGCAACAGUGUAAAUCUAUGUUUAAGCACAAUUUUAAAUGCUUUGUUUGUUCCCAUUUAUAUCCUUGUCUAUUAGUACACACAGAAAUUGUAAUGAGUGCGCCAUUUUUGUUUCCUUCCUUCCUGUUUCCUUCCUUUUGUUUUCUAUUUUCCUUUACCUUUUUCCAUUUCUUUCCUUUUUUUUUUUUUGUUAUUUGUGCAACAAGAAGCCAAGAGUAAUGUGAUGUUAGCAAGUAAAGAUGUCUAUGUAAAAAAAAUUUGAUGACUAGAAUAGAUGGAGAGUCCUAUAUGAACUACCUAAACUCAGCAGUAGGCUUAUAAUGCAUAAGUAUGUCCAAAUCUCACCUAAAAUAUGCACUAUUUCUCUCUUUGAGAAAAUUUUACUGAAUGUAACUUGUAAAAGUUUUAAUGAAUGUAACUUCUAAAAAUUUUAUCCAUUAGAACUCCAAAGUAGAUUUUUCAAAAAGCCAGUCAUUGACAUUUGACUCAGACCAUACUGUAUACAGUUGAGAGGCGCUAACCUUUGUGUUCUCCCUGUAGAAAGGAUCUUCCUUCUUCCUUCAUCAGUAGCCAUUGAUUUGGUAUCCAGAAGUGCAAAGCUUUUCCUUUUGUCAUAGAGUCUUUAAAAAUUAAUCAAUGCGUGCGUUAUGUGCCGAAGAAAAUUCAUGUCAUUUAAUAUUAUUUUUCUCUAUUUAAAUGCAUAAUCAUCCUAAUAAUCUCAAAUACAGUCAGAAACACUGCAAAGUCAAGAAACAGCACUACGGUUAGAAUUGAAGUGUUAGAAUUUAAGUGUUUUAAAAUAGUAGUUAUUCACUUAAUUGUAGAUACAUGUUAGAUAUCUGUUGGGUGGGACAAACUGAUGUGAUAGAAUGGAGAAAUAUAAGUUAUUUUCAGAUGUGGGUUUAUAAAACGAAUCUUUGGAUAGCAGAUCAGGUUUUUAAGUGAUUUUAAAUUAUUUUAUGAGUCACUUUUAUAAAUCAUAGAGUUAUGAUACAAAUAAACUACUGAGUUAUUAAGCUACUGAAAUGGCUAUCCAGGAGCUUGGUAAUCUUGCCUGGGUUCUUUUGUUAAAUCUAUUAUGCUUCUCUCGCUAGAAUAUGGUUAUUCAGAUGACACACAAUAAGUAUUUAAAAUUUUCCCUACAGUGAAAAACUUUAAUUGCAAACAUUACUUGUUAUUUCAUUUAAAAUUUUACCUUGGUUAAGGUUUACUGAAUAACUGGAAGGGCAGUGAUUUAAUCAGGUGUGAUAAAAUAUCCACCUAUAGUAGAAAAAAAAGAGGAAAAUUAUAUUAUUUGGCCAUUUUAGAACCUCUUAGUCAUCUAACAAGUAUGCCACUGCAAAUGAUGAACGGAGCAUGAAAGGAUUAUUUUAAUAUAAGCACAUUUUGCCUUAAGGAAAUUCUUGAAGCACAAUCUCAGGUCCUUAAUUACAUUUUGUGGUGUUAUGGUCCAUUCUAUGAUUUGGCUUCACUUUUGGGUGGUUGUUGAAUUACCUAACAGAGAUUUGGUUUCCUCAAAAUUGUAUCACAUCUGAAACUAUGGUUGGCUACUUCAUACUCAGUCAUUUGAGGGCAUGUAACUUCCAGCUAAAAGUAAACGAAAUACAUGCCUACAGUAAUACAUGAAACACGAAAUAUAGAAACUGUGUUUUCAGUUUUGCUUCUACCAAAACAUCGUGUGUGUGUGUGUGUGUGUGUGUGUAUGGCACUUUGUGUGAGGGUAGGGGAGUGAUGGGUGUCCGUCUGUCUGGUCCCUCUACUCUGUUCCUGUUUAGCUUUAUUUUAGUCAACUCUACAUUAUGAUGAAUUUAGAAAUGAAGUUAUGUUGAAAAGAUAAUUGUCAUAUAAGGACUCAAUCUCACAUAUUACUGCAGAUAGUUAUUUUUUGCUGAGAUCUGUUGUACAUUUGCGAUUUUCUAUGUGUAUAGGUAUACUUAGCGGAAUCUGGUUAUUUAUUUUCACAUAGACUUAGUAGCUCACUGAAAGAUAAAUUAAGCUGAUUACUAUUAGUCAACAGUUAAGGUGCUCCCACUGCAGAGAUUUGAGGCCUGGGCCUGAUAUGCUGUAUUAUGAAGCUUUGUGACUGAAAAAGAUGUUUACAUAUGUUGUCUAUUUUUUUUAAUAAAGUUUUUUUUAUAGCUUGUC